AUGAGGAUGGAUAAUGAUAGCACUAUGUCUGAGUUCAUCCUCCUGGGGCUCCCCAUCAAGCCAGAAGAACAAGGCAUGUACUCUGCCCUCUUCCUGGCCAUGUACCUGAUAACUGUGCUGGGGAACCUGCUCAUCAUCCUGCUCAUCAGGCUGGACUCUCACCUCCACACCCCCAUGUACUUCUUCCUCAGUCACUUGGCCUUCACAGACAUGUCUUUCUCAUCAGUCACAGCUUCAAAGAUGCUCAUGAAUAUGCUAACACACAGUCAAUCCAUCUCAUAUGCUGGGUGUGUUUCCCAGGUAUAUUUCUUUUCAAUUUUUGCUGAUAUCGACAGCUUUCUUCUCACAUCCAUGGCCUAUGAUAGGUAUGUGGCCAUCUGCCACCCUCUGCACUAUAUCACCAUCAUGAGUCAGAACCUCUGUGUCCUUCUAGUAGUUGUAUCCUGGGCCCUAUCAUCCGCUAACACCCUUGUGCACACCCUUCUCUUUGCUCGACUAUCCCACUUUAGAAACAAUACCAUCCCCCACUACUUCUGUGAAAUCUCUGCCUUGCUAGAGCUGUCCAUCUCUGACACCACCAUCAAUGAGCUUGUCAUCCUUCCUUUAGGUACAGUGAUCAUUACCGUGCAAUUCAUAUGCAUUCUGGUCUCUUACGGCCGAAUUGGAGCCACUGUCCUGAGAACUCCUUCUAUCAAGGGAAUCUGCAAAGCCUUGUCCACAUGUGGUUCUCACCUCUCUGUUGUCUCUCUGUACUAUGGAGCCAUUAUUGGGCUAUAUUUUGUCCCCUCAUCUAAUAACACUAAUGACAAGGAUGUCAUUUUGUCUGUGAUAUAUAGCUUGGUCAUACCCAUGCUGAAUCCCUUUAUCUAUAGUCUUAGGAAUAGGGAUAUUAAAGGAGCUCUGAGAAAUAUCUUCAGCAGAAAACUGUGUUUACAGUAA